AUAAUAUACAAUGCUUUUUAUUAGAUUAAAACCACGAAUAUGCAGAUUCAUUUUAAAAUUGCAUUCUCCUAAUGUGUUGCCAGAUAGCACAAAAAACAGCAGAUGGCGGUAAUGCACCGGUCACGCUAUUUUGCAACCGCCGUUAAAGCAGGAAGAAGAAGAAGAAGGGGGCGCGACGACGAAUGAGGACUGCGGCGAAGAAGAAGAAGGAGGCGGAGGAGAAGAAAAAGAAGCAGAAGCUGAGAAGAAGCAAAAGGGAGGAACUGCUGGAGCUCUUUUAAAGGUUCUCGUUUAUUUGUCCAAAUGUGGAUUUUAACUUCGCCCCUCCGUAUGUGGACCACACCGAAGCUUUAAGAGACGUGUCACCACUGAAUGACUUAAAUAAGCGGGUGGAGUGAGCGGCUGCUGACAAGACUGUCCAGGAAGAUGUCUCACAUACUUGUUCCGACGUAGGGGGGUGUGCAGCGGCGGCAGCAGCGUCAGCCACACUUAGCUUAGCCUCCACUAGCUCCUGUAGCUGGGCAGCGCAUUCUGCGUCAACGGCUCAGCAGCGGCCGUGUGACAGCUGGACAGCCGGGUGAUAUAAAAGCAGGAGGGCCCAGACCUUUGCCGUCACCUGUGGAUUUAUCAACGCAUCGUUUACUGCGACUCCAACCCGCAUCGCAAUACGAAGCGACGUAGGUCAGUAUGAGCUCAUGAAAGCAAACAGCAGACCAAGGCAGGAAGAAGAAUCGCCCAGAUUCCUCUCGACUACAGUGAACUAGGAUACGUGAAAUAGUCGGAAAGUGAUCUCUAACAUGAUUUAAGCUGCUAACCAGAUACACAGACGAUAAACGUAGCCAUACGGGGUUCGGAAUCAGGCUCUAAACAUGUCGAAAAUGCCGGCCAAAAAGAAAAGCUGUUUCCAGAUCACCAGUGUGACUCAGGCCCAGGCAGCGGUUAUAGGUGGCGCAGACGACACCGAGAGUCUGGACGACCCGGACGAAUCCCGCACCGAGGAUGUGUCGUCAGAGAUUUACGAUCUUUCUCGUGCAGAAUACGAGCCUGCGAAUGACAGAAGUUCUUCAGAAGAAGCGCUGAAUAAUGUUGGAGAGCCAGAGGCGGUCGGUGUCAUGGCUUCGUCACAAAUACCUCAAGGUGGUAACUUGUCUGCGCUGUCAAAUAGUCCCAUUGGGGAUUUUCGGAAAGUGGGAGUGUCUGGGUCAGCUCAAGGUGGUCAGCAGCCACAGGGGGCUGCUGUUACAACUGGUUUAUCCCUUAUUUCUCACCCUGGGGCAUUGCUGCAACAACAACAACAACAACAACAACAACAUCAACAACAUCAUCAUCAGUCUGCUCCAGGAGCUAGUUCUGGGACCAGCAAUGUGUCAGUAAACACAUCUCAAACUGCUGCUGUGACUGGUUCUGUUGCUUCUCCUGCCACAUCCACGGUAAGCUGCACUUCUCGAUUUAGGGUAAUCAAACUUGACCAUGGUACUGGGGAGCCAUUCCGGAGAGGCAGGUGGACGUGUACGGAGUUUUACGAGAAAGACUCUGACAGUCGGACUGCAGAUAGUAUUCGACAUGCCAGUGCAACGUUGGACUCCACCGCAGACAGAGACAAAGGGCUCGUCUCUGUGGCUUCUUCUGCGACACACUCAGGACAUGGCUCAAGUGCUCUGGCGGAAGCAUCUCUGUCUUCGCCCCGCAUGCAUCCGGUGGAGGCAACGCAACCGCAACAGCAGCAACAAAUCCGCCAACAAAGCUUCAGUUCCAGCGUCAAGCCCACUUCUGGACAAGUUCAGCCGACAGGAGGAGGUCUCCAGCCUUCUGCUCCCCAGAGUGGUCUGCCUGUUGGACUGAAUGGUUUGCCUCAAUCUGCUGUCCAAAUACAAAAGUCACCCAUCAUGCCACCAUCAGCCCAGCCUGCUGCCUACCCUCCUCAGCAUCCCUUGGCCACCCAGCCACAGCAGCCCAGCCAGUCUCUUCCUGUGUCCAGUCUCUCUGCAGGCUUGCAGCCUUGGAAUCAGGGCCCAACAUCUGUUAUUCCUUCAACAUCUGGUGGGAGUUGCCUACCGAGUCAGGUUGGAGAAAUCGCCGGUGCCGCGAGUGGGUCUGUGCCCACGGGGCCAGCCAUGGUCUUGCAGCAACAGCCAGUAGGAGUAGUGAGUGUUGGCGGUUCCAUGCUCGCUGGUGGCUCCAGUUUACAGCUGCAGCAGACUCUGAGUCAGUAUGCAGCUGCUGGACAGCCCCAGGCUCUCCAUCCUACACCCUCCACAGUACAAAGUGUGCCUGCCGUCGCAGUGAGCUCGAGUGCACCCACCGCUGUGCCCGUUGCUGUGCCCAGUGCUGUGCCCAGUGCCUCCAUUGUAGCCAUGCCAAAUGUGACAGCUUCUAGUUUGCCUCUAGGUCAGAGCAAGACUCCAGCGGCCCUGGGGCCGCAGGGCCACGCGGCACCUGGAUUCGUGCAGGUGGAGGGUGGCGGUGUUGUCAAGAAGCCAGAGGGAAAGGAACCAGCAAAGCCACUCAUGCCUGAGAGCCUGCAGCUCACCACGCCAGCUGUCAACAGCCUGUUUGGAAUCCACAUACCUGUGGACGGGGAGGAGGACAGGUUGUCCGUGGGUUCUGUUUUCCUCCGGUUUAUCUGUCCUCCCCAGGAUGCCUGACGUGAUAGCCUUCACAUCAAAGAUGUUUGGCUGGUUGGGGGCGUAUGAAAGUUCACUCGGCUCCAGGCUGCCAUUGGUCACUCUGGUGAAUGUGUCACAUUUCUGACCUUUCAGUCAGUUGGUUCCUGCUCUGGAAAUGACCUGCGUAAUAGAGACACGAUCCUUUGUGCUACCAUUGUAUGAUAUCAUGUUUUCUCCCCUAGAGAUGAGUAAGCUGACUUAUGUGUUUCUCAAAAGUUGGGACGUGGCCCGUUAUUGAGUCAGUGUCAGGAGUGAAUAAUGUCAUUAAUACAGGUUUUGUCCAGACCUGCACCGAAAUACUUCAUCCCUCGCUCUGUUGUUUCCUGCAAAAUGCCGUCUUUAGUUUUACAUUUAAAAAAAAAAAAAAGUACAGCACAAAAAUAGUCUCUUACAGCACAAGAAAAGACAUUGGAGCAACCAUUGAUUUUUGCUCUUUAAUACUGUAAAAAUAUAACCACAUUCAUGACGAAAAUGAAAUACUUAAUAUUCAGUCAAAAUUAAAAUAGCCGUGCUGUGAUUGGCUCUUUUUGGACAAUAACAAAACUUCAUUGACUUCCUUAAAAUCUAAAUGUCAUUGGAAGCAUAGAUCCCGAUCGGUCUGUCACCCGAGACGACGAUCUUUACAUUUUUUUGUGACACUAUAUUUCUUUUGUCUGUACAUAAUAAUAAUCAUAAGCUCAUCAUUUAUUUAUGCAGGUGGAUCACUGCAUAUAGUUUCCCACAGUAACUGCCUAUACGGGACAUUCAAAACCUUGUUUUAGAAACCUCUUGGGCAUACGGCUCCACUUCAGUAUGAACGUAACUGUACAGACGCGACACGCUUCGAAGAGUCACGUUCUUAUCGCUCUUUUCCUAUCACAUUGCUGUGACGACAUUAGCUUCCUUUCCAGUGCUAUCUUCCUCUCACUUCCUGACUUUAAGCGCUUUGUUUCACUUGUAGUAGCUGGCACUCGUGAGCGGAAAUGAUACUGUGCUUGAAAUCUGUGGUUUCCAUGUACAGUCUUGCAGAUGAACCACCAGGACACGGACUAGACUACAUGUGCACAUUAAACUGGCACCGGGUUUCCGUGCGGUGAAGCCCAGUCUAUCAAACAAGAUUUAGAUACUAUCGUGCAUCCAGUUUGUGGUAGUAGUAGUAUUUGUAUUGUUUAUUUAUUAUUUAUUUAAGUAAACAUGCUGUGUUUGCAGCAUAUUAAUGAAUGUAAGUAUUGAUCAAAAAAAAUAAUCACUAUGUUAAUGUUAAUUUUUUAAGGCCCCCCACUUUUAAAAACCGCUGCAUUAGAGAUUUUAAAAAAAGUUGCAUAGACAAAGCUAAACUCUACAAUUCAUACAGUGACCGAGCUCAUUACACCAGAGCAGUGAAAACAACUAAUUUAAAAAGGAGAAAAAUCCCUGGCAGAACCGGGCUCCGAGGUGUCCAGCCAUGUGCCUCGGCCAGUUGGAGUGAAAGGAGAAACCGGGGAAGGGAGACGAAGUAGAGGGAAAGAAAAAAGAGGGUGUAUGUGUGUGCAAAAAAAAAAAAAAAAAAAAAAGUCAGAAUCUGAUAUAUGACGUUUCCAUCGGGAAAACUGCACCAAAGUGUCUGCACGUCGUGUGUAGGUUAUCAUUCAGAAGUCAGAUAUAGACUCGUGUUGGAGGGGCGUUUUCUGAGCAGUGUGUGCAAAGGUUGUUGAGCUAGUACCUGUGGGGCCAAGAAGCAGCUAAGUACUUUAGUUAAACUCCUGAUUCCCGCAGUGGUACCAAGGGACAAGGAGCUCCGUGCGCGUGGGACUAAGUGGCUUUUCUUUUUCUAAUACCGAUUUGUACACAUCGUUAUCAAAAGCCGUAAAAAAAUGCUAAAGGGCCAACGUUAUUAACUAGACCUCAAAUCGCCUUAUGACAUUUUUAUUUGCAAUUGUGUUCGAAGAGGGUUCUGUCACUGUGGUAUCUCUAUGGUCACUGAAAGACAGCUGCUUGUGGUUGGGAAAAAGUUCUGAGGGGGCAGUUUGAGGGCCUUGUUUAGAACACACAAUGUGAGUUUCAAACGUGUGACAGUGGCGUGUAGGUACUGUCCGAUAAGUCAUCAUAAUGAAAGCGGCGUUGAACGGUACCUGAGUGAAAUCUCUGUACCAAGGUUGUGUUUUUGAAGUUCUUGGUCGACAGAUUAACAUUUGAACGACGUCCUCAAAUUUCAUCCAAACGUUGUCGGUUUGUCAGUUCUCUAACAAUGCCCCCCAAACUCGGUUGCUGUUGUUAUCGUAGCACCUACGCAUCGCUUGCGAGAAGACCCAGCUCCCAUGCUGAUAAGAAUGCGGGGUCUCUUACGACCGACGGCACUAUCAGACAUUGAACAGUGGUCUUUCCACUGUGCCCAUAAUCUGUCGAUAAGAGCCCUGACAGUGGGGAGUGUCAGUCAACUGUGAGCGUGAGGCCUAAAUGUGGCCUUUUUUUUCCUUCUAACAGUAACAUGCUAAAGCCCGUACACGAUCUUCUGUCUAGAGAUAGUCAAAAACCCUAACAGUACGUUUGCACGCGGAAUCCUUUUCCGGCCCAUGUAACCAGUUGGCGCUGAUUGAUAUUGUAUAUCUCCUCUUUUAUAACGCCUGGUGCAGCUUCAAGCGCCGCCUGUGCUCUGUACCUUCUCAACCACAGACUGACUGACACGUCUUGGCAGAUGUUCUUGUUCAGAAGAGUCGCUGAAUGACAUUUCAGCUGCAGAAGCAACUGCGGAGGUAACUGCAGAGCCACUCGCCGGCAUUUUAGCUGUGCUCGUCGCUCCCCCCCUCACCCCUCCCUCCCUCCCUCCCUCUCUUCCCUCCUGCUCCAAAAACCAGCCUUUUUCUUCUUGCUUAAUUUCCACAUUUCCACUCCUGUGUUUAUUUAGUCCCUUGCUGCCCCACACACGGCAAACAAAAGCCCCUUUUAAACUCAGGGCUUUUCGGCCUGUAUUCAAAACUUGUAAAUUCUGUAAAGAUACGGUCGCAUACUUUGUUCUGGAUCCUAUCUAGGAUUUGCUUUCAUGUUAUGGCGUUGGCACAAAGUGGAUCACCUUCGUUUGUUGUGUAACUUG